AUGUCCCAGAAAAAGUCUGUCGUUGGUUCCUUCUUUGCUCACAAGAACGUCCUAAUAACUGGAGCUACUGGCUUCGUUGGCAAGGCUCUGUUAGCAAAAAUUCUGCGUUCGACCGACGUUGCCACUGUGUACGUGCUGGUCAGAACUAAAAAGAAUACGGAACCAAAGGAACGUAUCGACAAGCUUUUAUCCUCUCACGUCUUUCUGGACAUUGAUGCUGAAACUCGCACCAAAGUGGAGUGCGUGGCCGGUGAUAUUAUGGAGUCAGAUUUGGGCUUGUCGCCACAAGGUCGAGCUCUAUUGUGCAAGGAGGUCCACGUAAUCAUCAAUUGUGCUGCUAUUGUUGCUUGGAACCGCACUCUAGAUCAAUACAUACGCAUGCAUGUGCUCGGCAUGCAAUUUUUGGUUGAGCUGGCACGUGAUUGCAAACAUUUGCAGUCCUUGGUCCACGUUUCCACUGCAUUCACGAACUGUGAACGUCGGGAUAUUGUCGAGAAAAUCUAUCCCACCAACAACAACUACAAAGAAGUCUUGCAUAUGCUCGAUACUAUGUCUGUACAAGAGCUGGAAGCCAAGAAGACUGAACUAUUGGGUGACAAAUACAAUGCUUACUGUUGGUCGAAAGCUCUUGGUGAGGAACUGUUAGAAGCCGAACGAGGCAACAUUCCAUGCUCUGUUGUACGCCCUUCAAUAGUUACAUCAAGUUAUCGUGAGCAGCCGGGAUGGGUGGAAGGACUUCAAGGGAUCACUGGUGGUAUUGUCGGUGGAGGAACUGGUUUGUUACGAUCGAUCUGGGGUGACGGAUCAAUAAUAGCAGACAUCAUUCCGGUGGAUAUUGUCGUCAACACUACUCUAGCAGCAGCUUACCGUACUCACCGAAUGUCACCAAACAAAUACGAAGUAGCCGAUGAAACCGCACAUCCUACUCCAGCACAAUCGGAAGUUGAUUUGGAGCAGGCUGCCACUCGUGUGUCGGAAGACCAACACUCUCUAGCAUCCCGUGCCAGUCUUCAACCCUCCACAUCGUCUGACACUGUAGUAGAUGACAUGACUCCUAUGAUUAUCUACCACUGCACAUCUGGCAAAAUUCAUCCCAUAACUUGGGGCGAAUUUCUAUGUACCAACAUGUUGGAGGCACGUAAACACGGAGGGGUCAAGUACUAUCCCGAAAUCCGUCGCCCCAAUUUCACAAUUCACCGAUCGAAAGCUAUCAACAAUGUGCAUGAAUUCUUCGGCCACAAAUUAUUCGGAAUGGUCUUAGAUCCCAUACUAGUUAUGACUGGUCGUAAACCAAUGUUGAAGAAGACUUAUGCCAAGUGGAAUGAGGUUAAGGGAGAACUCGAGAAAAUGAUGACUGUACAAGGACCUUGGUUUGUUGACAACUUUUUGGCCCUCAUUCAUGAAGUUGGCGAUGAUGAAGCCUUCUUUAUGGAUGUCUCUCAAGUAGACUGGAAAGAAUAUAGUAUUGAGUACGCAAGGGGAAUUCAAAAAUACAUCAUGCCGCCACGUCCCGUGAAGAAAACAGCAGGGAAAUCCAGUGGCAAAAAGUCAUCUCCUGUAUCAUCACCUUCAGCACACACGCCUCAAAUCGUUGACUGA